AUGUCUUUCUUUUCGUUUCUUGAGACUAUUCCAACCAUAUCUUCAACUGUUUUAAAACAUUUUACCGGAGGCUCACCUAAAAAAUCAUGGGGUAUAAGAUUUCAUUUAGCAGUAGCAAUGAUAAAAGCCGAUGAUCGUUUUGCAAAAAUGCCUAUUGAACAAUUUCAAAAGGAAUUUGACAAAAUUUUCAUGGUUAAAACUCCUUCUAAUAUAACUAUAAAUUAUGUUAUCUUGGAGGAAGAAUAUAGGCAAAAGAGUAAAACGCAUUUAGAAAAGAUUUUGAAAAAAUAUGAUGAU